AUGUUUGGAGAAUUGCAUCUGUCCGUUAUAGGGCUGGGAACUCAAUAUCCGACCUAUUCUCUUAAAGCCAACACCCUUGAUAUACUUAGCAAGAGGCACUAUCCUAAGUCCCCAUCUCUUACGAGGGGUUUGACUAUCAUGUGGCAAAAGAUCUUGGGAUCACCCACGCUGUGGAAAAGGUUCUUCUUCACGGACGCCCUCGUGUUAAGCAACGGUAUUGGUCAGCAAUCAAGAGCGAUUUACGAAGUCCUAGGAUGGGACCAUUCGAUCAUUCCAGGAACAGGAGCUGACCUAGGAUUCCAUGUUGAUUCCACAGGUUGGAAAGCCGUCAUUACUCCUCGAGUCCCUCAACUCACCCAAUCUGCAAUCUCUGCUACCUUUAAGCGCCUCAAAGCUUCACUUCCCCAGCUGCCGACCAGUUCUAAGCUCGCCGGCGACUUUGAUUGGGCAAUACACCCUGGAGGAACGUCGAUCCUUUCUAGUACGGAGCACGCCCUUGGGAUAUCAGCGGAACACAUGCGUGCAAGCAUCGAUGUAUACACCCACCACGGCAACUCUAGCUCUGCUAGUAUCAUCAGUGUCAUGGACCGCCUGCGCUCUAAGGAGAUGGACAAUUUGGCACUUGACAGUCACCCUCGUGAGCAUAUCAUCGCCUGCGCGUUUGGACCCGGAAUCACCGUUGAGAUGUGCAUGCUCCGGCGCAACUUUGGCACAGUCCAGCAUCAUAUUACUAGGCCAAAUCCGCCAGGGCCGGGCAUGGAGGGAGGGGAGGCGGGCGACAGUGAUAUGCCUCCGAAACCGGACUCUUUGAGAGAGUAA